AUAUGCUCAACAAAGGAAAGAAUCAAGAAUUCCUCUUUCAGUGGCGGUUUUCUCUCUCUCCUCUCUCUCUCUCUCUCUCUCUCUCUCUGUGCUCCCGCCCCCACCAAUAAAAGAGUCCAAUUUGGGGGCUGCACUACUGUCUCUCACCUCUCUUCCCUUCCUGUCUCUGCAUCAUCCCAGAUUCCCGUUUUUCUUCUUCUUUCUUUCUGGGUUAUGGACAAUAGAAUCCAACCCGGAAGUUACUUCCAAUACUCCCCAACUGGAGUCCAUGGUUCACUCCAAAGGUCUUCUUCUCUACCUUUGGAUCAUGAAAGAUACUUGGCAGAAUUGUUGGCAGAGAGGCAAAAAUUGGGGCCAUUUGUGCAAAUUCUUCCAGUAUGCAGCAGGCUUCUAAAUCAAGAAAUCAUGCGGAUGUCAGGAUUGAUAUCCAAUCAAAGUCUUGUUGAUCAUGAAAGAAUUGGGCAUGAACAUCCGUUUAGAUCCCUAGGUCAACAAGCAAAUGGUGGACCAAUGGAUAUGGAGGGGUGGUCUGCCAUGCAAACAGAGGAAAAUGGACUUCUCCAAAGAAUGGCCCCCUUUCAGGCUUCCCGUAUGGGUUGGCAUGGGGCACGUGGGAUCCCAACCACAACUAUAGUGAAGAAAGUUGUUAGACUUGAUGUUCCUGUGGCCAAAUUCCCAAAUUAUAAUUUUGUCGGCCGACUUUUGGGACCACGUGGGAACUCCCUGAAAAGGGUUGAAGCUGUGACAGAAUGUAAAGUAUACAUUAGAGGUCGAGGCUCGGUAAAGGACUCUGUUAAGGAGGAAAAAUUAAAAGAUAAGCCCGGAUAUGAGCACCUUAAUGAGCCGCUACACUUGUUGGUGGAAGCUGAAUUCCCGGAGGAUAUAAUUGCUUCCCGCUUGGACCAUGCAGUUUCAAUACUGGAAAACCUUUUAAAGCCUGUGGAUGAAUCUAUGGAUCACUAUAAGAAGCAACAACUUAGAGAAUUGGCUAUGCUAAAUGGUACACUAAGGGAAGAAAGCCCAAGCAUGAGUAGUCCUAGUAUGAGCCCGAGCAUGUCACCAUUUAACAGUAUAGGAAUGAAACGAGCCAAGACAGGACGAUAGUUUCUCUAUAGAUGAUCGAGAUUCUUUUGCUUGCCUGAUGACCCAUAUCGGAUUGAUUGAUUUCUUGAUGGUUUGACCUGACGAAUACUGUGUGCAAGACCGUUCAGAGGCAAAAAAAAUUAUGGAAAAGGUUGUACGACUUCUCAGCUUGCUUUGGGCAUUUGACACUAGCGUCUCAGGCAGGACUUUGAUUCGUAACCUCCACUUUGAUGAUUUGGUAUUUAUCUCUAUUCUUCCAAGUAUCCUUGCUUUGGAUGUUCUGACUUUAUGAUUUACUGGUUAUAAUAACUUCAUGCCCAUAUUGGAUUAAUGAAUGUCACGAUAGCGACCAAGGCAUUUUGACAUUGACUUCGUAUUACUUUACCCCGAAGAAUAAAGGUUGUUAUGAAAUAUAUUUAUGAUAUCUUCGUGUAACAUUUCAUGAU